AUCCAUUCAUACUUACAAAUAGUACUAUUUGUUGCAUCUGGUUAUGCAACACUACCAGUGGUGGAAUGUGACUAGUACCAAGUAUCAGAAAUACUUUAUUGAUCCCCGUAGGGAAACUCUUUGUUACAGUAGCUUGCCUUUACGUCAGUGCACUGUGUUGAUGGCUUUGGUCAGCUGGAGGUUAAAGCUGCACUGUCCAUUGAAAAAAACAUAUACACUUGUGUAUAAUUUUGAGUUACUUGUAUUUUACUUGAGUAUUCCCAUUUUAUGUUACUUUAUACUUCCACUACAUUUCAGAAGGAAAUACUGUACUUUUUACUCCACUGUAUUUGUUUGCCUCUAGUUACAAUUUGCUUUGCUGUCACACAUUUUACAUACAAAAUGUAUAAUGAGCUCAAAUUAGUUCCACAUUGACCAACUACAAUGGUAAAAUGCAGCUUGAAAUCGAUGGAUACAUCAGUAAUAAUAAUCCAAUAUAUAAUAAAAUAUAUGCAAUAUAUAAUAAUAUUCACAGGGACCCUUUUCUGCAAGAGUACUUCUACUUUUGAUACUUUAAGUACAUUUUGUUGAGAAUAUUUCUGCACUUUUAUUUAAGUGAGAUUUUGAAUGGAGGGCUUUUACUGGUAAUGGAGUAUUUUUAUAGUGUGGUAUUGCUACUUGUACUUAAAUAAAGGAUCUAAAUACUUCCACCACUGAACACUGCUCUAUCUGGAUUCAUCCAUAAAGCAGAAAUAAGUCAUGAGUUGGCAGGUCCUCACCAGGUGGGGGCAAGCUGGUGGAGCUGGCAUGUGUGCGGGGGUUGGGCACUGGACCCAGCCAGUAGAGAAGUAGGGUCAAUGGACGCUUACCAUGCCCGGCCAUUAUGCCGUAAUCCUGCUUCGCUUUUCUGGAAAAACUGAAAGCACUAGAAUCACUGACUCAAUUUUUGGAUCUCAUUUUCAUGACAAAGCGAUCGUUCCCCUUUUACCUCCACUGUUGCUGUUUAUAAACGUGGGAAAGCGGGGAUAUAAAAGGGACUGGUGAGAGACCAGUGCAACAUCGAGACCUCAGGGGAACCACCACUACCAUCACUUAACAUCACCAAGGCUAUCCCACACAUCAUAUCCAAGAUGGGCAGGAUUGUCUUCUACGAGGACAAGAACUUCCAGGGCCGUCGCUAUGAGUGUGACAGCGACUGCUCGGAUUUCCACUCCUACCUGAGCCGCUGCAACUCCAUCCGGGUGGAGAGUGGGGCCUGGGUGGUGUACGAGAGGCCCAACUACAUGGGCUACCAGUAUGUCCUGACCAGGGGGGAGUACCCAGACUACCAGCGCUGGACGGGCCUUAACGACCGCCUCAGCUCCUGCAAGAUGGUCCACUUUACCAGUGGGACCCUGUACAAGAUGCAGCUGUAUGAGAAGGCAGACUUCGGGGGUCAGGCCUUCGAGGCCACAGAGGACUGUCCCUCUCUUCUGGAGAAGUUCUGCUGGAGGGAGGUCAACUCCUGUAAGGUCUUUGACGGCUGGUGGGUUUUCUACGAGCACCCCAACUACCGUGGACGCCAGUACUUCCUUGAGAAGGGGGAGUACCGCAAGCCAGGCGACUGGGGUGCUGUCAGUCCUACGGUCCAGUCCUUCAGGCGCUUCACUGAAUGAUUUAACCGCCAUCCAAAACAUUAAAAGAAAACAACUAUGUCAGAUUUUACUAUAAUCUUCAUUGACUAUUUUGUGAUUUUGAACUG